CGCGCUUCCGGAGGGCGGGGCCUGCGUGAGGGGCAGUUGCUGCUUACGCGGCGGCUUUGGCUGAAGGGAGCCCGAGAGGCACGUCGGCCAGUUCCCCCUGCUCGGACGCCCGUGCGGAGGUGCCACAGCCCGUCGUCGUCAGUCAGGCAGUUUGUCAGCGGCUGUGAGGCGGCGGCGGCGGCGGCGGCGGCGUGGUGCAAGAACAGGCAGGCAGAGCAGCGGCAAAGAUGGUGGCGAAGCAGCGAAUCCGGAUGGCCAACGAGAAGCACAGCAAGAACAUCACGCAGCGCGGGAACGUGGCCAAGACCUCGAGAAAUGCCCCCGAGGAGAAAGCGUCGGUGGGGCCCUGGCUGUUGGCAUUGUUCAUCUUCGUGGUGUGUGGAUCAGCCAUCUUCCAGAUUAUUCAGAGUAUCAGAAUGGGGAUGUAAAGGAGCUGAUCUUUAAACAAGAUAGUUACAUUUCUUCUGUGAACUAUGAACUCUCAUUCCUGAUGUUUGAUAACUUGGAAUUUAAAUUUGUUGUCAUCUUGCUUCUGAAGAACUUUCCAUGUUGACCAUAUGUCAUUCCAGAUUCCUUCACAAGUCAUUCCAGGUUUUCUAGUCCAUGCCACAGUGCCUUUAAAAAGCACCACAUGUAUAAAGCAAUAAAGAGUUAUUGUUAACUUACAAUCGUGGACCUACUUAUUCUGUGAAUCAAACUCAUGCUUUAUGUUGAUAUAUUAAAGUGGAAGCAGUGUAGAUACUUAGUGGCUGCAUCAUAUGUAAACACUGAUAUUUGUUAAAUCUUCUGUAUAAAUGGAAGUGAUUUUAUUUAAAAUGGAGAAGUUAAAGCUUAUCAAAUAGUGACUGUAUGACUAGUUUAAAGCACACUCAUGCAACUCAGUUAACGGAUGUGUGCUGUGGUUUUUACUUAUCUAAAAAGAGCAUCUUAUGUAUGUGUAGCUUAGUUUUACUGUAGCAUGUAGCAACUUAAAAACUCAAAUGAUUCUGGUAGAAGACUUUAUUCUAUGCUGCUUGAAAGAUUGUUUAAUAAAACAAUGUAAUGUAAAACCAAUGGGUUAAUUGACCAUAGAUUACAUAAAGGAACAAAACUUUUGUCUUAAAAAUGCACCAGAAGUUUCACAAAAUGCUUUGUUGUUGUUGUAUUGUAUUUGAGUGUCAAUGUUUCUUAUGCCAUCAUUCCUUUGGGGUGGGGUGGUUAAUACCCUUGGGAACAUCUCAAACUAAAGAUAGGGUAGGGUUGUAAAAUAUCACCUGGUGACUUGUUCCAUAAUACUAUAUUGUUCACAGUAACUCAUCCAGAGAGCACUAACAUGCAUGCAGCCUGAAUAGUACCCCACUUCAGCUGAACAAGUUAGCAGGUUAAACAUAUACUGCUGAAUCCAAAUUUUUUAUAUUGCUGUGACUUGAGCCUUUUUCUUUACAUUUGACAGCAUGUUAAUUUUAUAGAAGUCAGCAGAAUGAUGUAAGAGUUAGUGGGUUACAUUUUCACAGGGUAAUUGUCACAGAAUCGAAAUGUCCUUGCCACUACUAACAACAUCUCCUUGUUUUGCACAGCAAGGUAAAGAUGAAGUUUGGCACUCUUUCAGGGAAUGCCUUAUAAACAGGUAAUUUGACCAUAAAUAAACUAUUUAAAGGGCUGAGUGAAAAGUUAACUAGGUAAAUGGCUCUGUAAUCUUGCAGGGUUGUAUGAUAGGCAGGUGACUGGAAGGCUAUAUUUCUUACCAUUAGCACAUUCUGUAAAUGGGAAACGCUUGUUUGUAAUCAAGAACUAUUUCCAAUAAAUUACUUUAAAAUCUGA